UGCUUUAGCUUUUUAUCAUUAACCGAAUACAGUGAAGAAUAUAGUUUGUAAAAUUCGACCUAGUUGAUCAAUACAAAUGGAUCUGAUUUGUGAUGUACUACGCAUAAAAUUAAGAGGAAAUCAACAUCGCCUUCUGUAUUUUGAUAAAGAGUUGAAAUAUUUACAGGACCUUAUCACAUCCACAGUUUCAAAAGGUGAAAGUAGCUCUAUAUUGAUAAUUGGUAGAAGAGGUGUUGGUAAACAUCAUCUAAUUAAAGAAGCAAUAAAAAAAGCGAAAGAAGACCCAAAUAUUGGCUCCGGGAUUUCUGAAGUUUACUUAAACGGUUUAGUUCAUACAGAUGACCGUUCUGCUAUGAAAUCACUAGCUAAACAACUACAUAAUGAAGCCCUAUUAAAUAAUCUAGUCCAAUCAGACUGUAAUCCAACUUCUGAUUUUCACAACAGUAUGAAAAAUUUGCCUUUUUCUCAACAGCUCAAUUUAUUCUUAAAUGAGGUCCGUCAAAAUCAUGGAACUCGAAAAGCUGUUUUAAUUGUCCUGAGUGAAUUUGACCUUUUUGCUUUACAUCAUAAUCAGUUGUUGUUGUACAAUUUAUUCGAUUGUUGUCAAUCUUCUGAAUCUCGUAUUUGUAUCAUUGGACUAACAUGCCGUUUAGAUGUUAUGGAGUUAUUAGAAAAACGAGUUAAAUCAAGAUUUUCGCACCGUCAAAUUUAUCUUACAUCACCUGGAGCACCAAUUGAGAAUACUGAUUCUUAUGCAUCUGACAACAACAACAGUAACAAUAAUUCACGAUCUGAACCAUUUAAACGAUUUUGUGAAAUUUGUAAACAUUUGUUAAGUGUUGAUAUUCAUGAUCUACCACCACAAUUAUCACCAUUAUUGCGUAAAUUCAACUCUAAAGAGUAUCAUGAAUUAGAGUUGUCAAUUAAAUCGUGGAAUCAUCAUAUUACAAAAUUAAUGCUUGAUGAAAUUGUAAUUGAUUCGUUAAGACAAGCAUGGUCUAUUUCAGUGAGCAUUAAACGUUUGACCAAUUUGUUGAUUCCAAUAGUUGCUUCGCUUGGACCUGAACACGAUCAUAUUGAACCAGUGCAAUUUAUAGAAUCUUUAUGUACAUUACAACAAGAUUCAAAGCUCACUGCACUGAAAGGCUGUUCCGUAUUGGAGCUAUUUUUAAUUACUGCUAUGGUCAAACUUCAAGAUAUGAAUGAUGGAAAACCGGUUAACUUUGAGAGUUUGUAUUCUGAAUACUUAAAGUUUUGUCGUUCCAAUUGUCCUGGUCAUUUAUACGAUAAACCGGUUGUUAUGAAAGCAUUAGACAAUCUAAUUGACUUUGAACUGAUUAUAUCUGGUAAAGCUGCAAUCACUGCAUCCACUGGUUUAUCGACCUCUGGAUCCAACAAUAAGGCUAUUUGGAGUUCAUCAUCUGCUUUACCAAAUUAUCGUCCAUUAUUUUGUUAUGUAGACAGUGAUAUUCUCACCGCUUGUUUAGAUACUUAUCCGAAUUGUCCAGUUGAAUUGCGAUAUUGGAUACAUUCAAGGACGUUUUAAUUAAUUUUUGUUAUUUUCCACGUCUUUUUUUCGAAAAAUGUUUACAUUACAUUGGAGUGUAAUACUAUGUGCAAUUGUACAAAAUCCAUUCAACAGUGCUUGUUUAUUUCUAUUCACUUGUAAAUCUUUUGUGAAUAAGACCA